CUCAUUCUGCUCAAUCGUAAGCGCGCGUUCGGGCGAGCCGCACGUACCUCUCCGCCGACGCACCUACUUACCACCGAACUUUACGUCGCUACCAAAACAAUAAUAGUAAAUGAAACUGUGCACAAUUGUUCUUUACCAGUGACCGACGCGUAACUAAACACUCGAAAACAGUGAUAAAUGUUGUGGAACACCGUUGGAGUUAACAAAACACGGAGUUCUAAACUUUCCAACGAACGAGCCAUGUGACUACGGCGGGAACGAGUAAUAGCUGUAAUGUGGCUGCUAGCGGCUCUGCUAGCAGCCUGUGCUGCGGGCGCGGUGAGCACGCCGUGCUUCGAGGCUCGCACGCGCUGCGCCUACCGCACCGGGUGCGGUGCUGCGCUCAACAACUACAUGAUCCUGUGCAAUGAUGUGCUUUCUGAACCUACCAGCGUGUGUCCCAAACCGUGCGAACAUGCGCUUAUAGCGCUUAUGUCCACAGAAGAAGGAAAAGAACUGAUGAAGUGCGAGUGUGAAGACGAGUAUUGCCUGGAAGCGAAGUCGCGGAUCGACGUUUGUCGGCCUUCGGUUCUUCGCGGAGCCGCGAAUGCAACGAGUUCGUGUCGUCUGUCACAGCUGAUUUGCACAGCCGAUGCCCAGUGCGCCACUGCGCUCGGGUACUACCACCGAUUGUGCCGCGCUAUGUACCGCGGCAGAAAAUGCUCACACAAGUGCCUAAACGCUAUAGAAAUUCUAAGAAAACAGGAGAAAGCAGCGCCUCUCACAGGAUGCCAAUGCGAUGGCAAUGAGGAUUACGACUGUCCUCGGAUGCAGAACAACCUGGCCAGGCUCUGCUUCCACAAGAAGGUGGACCCAAUAGACAAAAAAACAACAGUCGUACCAGAAGUGAUUCAAGUAGGCAGCAGUUCCAUUGCCACUGUUUCAAUACGGCUGCUAGUAUUAUUAACAUUUUUCAGUUCAAAAUUCUAUACGUGAUAGUUUUAUGGGUCUACCUCAAGUAUUAGAUAUAAUUUAAUUUUAGAUUGCAGCAGCAAUUGUUUUGAAGUACAACUUUUGUAAAUAUGUAAAUGAGAAUAGUAUAGGUUAGUAAGUCGUAAUAAUUAGAGUCGGAGUAAGUGAGGGAAGGCAAGGUAAGAGACGUAGAUGCCAAGAUGUUCCUAUACCUAAAUGCAGUGGGAUUGACUUGCAUGAUAGUUGUUAAGAGUUGUUUCCUUAGAACUGGUUUACUCGGAACGCAAUACACACGAAUAUAAGUAUACCCCUAGAAUUGGCUACACUUAUGUAUCUGUACACUGGAACAAUGUGGCUGGUUGAAUCAUAAAGGCUGAGUCACAAAGGUGUUGUAAACCAGCUCAAAGAAAUCUCAGACUCCGGGCUGUUGAUACUACUUGAUACGGUGUUAAAUCUUAGGCCAACGCACGCGCAUAAUGCAGGCAAUCUCGCAUGAUAGAGGAUAGCCGCGCCGCCCACAGCACGCAUGCGUCGCGCGGGCGUCGCUAUAAAUACGGCAGCGCCGGUGGUCCGGCGACAAAUGCUAGGCUGUUCCCGCCGCGGCGCCACGACGAUUGAUCUAACAUCCCGGCACUAUUCCCCGUCAAACACAAAUUUACAAAUCAACGUUUCAAUCUGUCCUUAUCCAUCGCAUGUGCUCUGACGGGCGUUUGAAAGAAACGGAAGAGAUAUUGAGGUCGGGAAGUGGAUGCUCUAAUGACAUAGUCGUAGCUAAUUCCGGUGUGACACUAAUCGCUUGCCUGAUGUAGGGCGGAUUCUGUAAAAAUAUUUUCGUAUGGAUUCCAAAGUCUCAUUAGCAUACCAUGUUGUUUCAUAUUGUUUUUGAGCGACAUUUUUCGCUAAUGAAUGGGUGAGAGCAGGUUUUCAUGUGUCAAAAGUAAAAAAAGAGCAUAAUAGGAGCUCGUUUACAAAAUGUAUCCUAUCGCUGCUACGUUUUUCCUUAUAGGCACGUAAUAAGUUUUCUACCCAGUUUCGUGUACUUGCUUGCCGUAGCCGUGUCCCUCUUGCUCAAUUUAAAGCGAACGGUUUAACCGUGGUCCCUCCGUAAUGAAGAGGUUGGAACCGGUUUGGUCCAAGCGCCUAUUCCGAGAGCCACCAAAACGAGAGCAGAUCUGUUUUGCACCAGUACGAACACAUUUAAGGUCCGUUAAACAUUAUACGAAAGGGCAAGAGCUUUUAUAGAAUCCGGUACUCGACUUUAAAGUAAAACCAGAACAUUACGAAUCCUUAUUGACAUGUAAAGUAUUCGUUUUUCUAUAUCUGUGAGCCAUUCAUAUCAUAUCAUCCUGUUUGUUUUCUCAUGAUCUUAUUUAAAUAGCAUAUGUACACGUAGAACUUUCAUACAAUUUUGGAUAGUUCUUGAUAAAAGUACGUAGAAUAUUUAGUAUGCGUCUCGCAAUUGUAUAAUAAUGUUUCGUCGCCAAUCAUGUCAUUCUUUAUGCGUAAUGAAUUGACUUGACGUCCGGCAUACGAAUGAACCUUACUUAUUUUCGCAUUACGGUAUAUCGUUGUAGAUUGGCGUGCGAACGUACUCGACAAUGCAUACAAGUAUAGAAAACUACCGUAGUAUUUCAAUACCUAUACUAUACAUAUAUUAUAAUAUUUUUAAUCAGUAAUCAAUCAGUGUUUAGCUUUUCUUUUUUUUGAUAACUGUAGUAAUUUGCUGAUAUUACGGUACAAUUAAAUGCUGUUUACUAAAUCUUCGCUAUUUUUACGUAGGUACAUCAGAUUUUCAGUAAUCAGUAAUAGACUUGUAGAACUAUAGUUUGAUAAGUUUUUCUGAUUGUUUUGUAUAUAGCAUUUAUAAAAAUAAGACAAACAUAGAGGCAGUUUUGUGUGAGUAUGCGAGGGUUGAUGUGCAAGAAAUAAUUUUAGAAAAUAACUUUAAUUCCUUGGGAUUCUGUGUGACUGCAGUUAUAGAAUAGAUUAUUCUUUUAUGAAUAUUCGUAAAUAUAAUACCGAUUAACCACAGUUUACCAAAGUGAGAUUAUUAGAUUAGUGCGUAGAUAAAAGUAAUGUAAUAUUAAGUACACAACGUAACUUAAUACAUUUUUACAAUGUCAGUAAUUAUUGAAAAACGUACAAAGUUUUUGGAAUUACAAGAAUAAUUAAUAAUUUAU